AUGGCCCCCUGUUUCCACAACAAGUGUCAUCGUAGUGCCCAUACUGGGCAGUUCAUUAGCAAAUCUUCACACAUUGACAGAUCCGCGUCCGCUGAUGAUAGUGAACCCAAUGUUGAAUCAUUGGUUGAGAACUUGGAGAACGCGAUAAUGAAGGAAUUGCCCAUGCCAUGUGUGACUGGGUCUCCUGCGUCCCCCCCUGCCCCCUCUGUUCCUUCCUCUGCCGCUCCCCCCCAAUCUCCUACACCUGCCCCUGUGUCUGGUUCUCCCGCUCCUGCUACCCCUGUUCCCGCGACCCCCACUCCUGCUACUCCUGGUUUUGCUGCCUCUGCUUUCAUUACCAGCUCUCCCCGUUUCAAGGAGAUGUUGCAUAGGCUUAAUGAACCAUGUUUCCCAGCGCGUAUGCUCCCACCCUUCUUGCCGACUCUCAGAAUGAUUUAUUGCAUGAAGGCUGUGUACAACAUGACUAUCUGGAGCUUAGUUGCAGACACUGAUUAUUACAUUUGUUUUAAAUAUUUGUGGUGGGACAAUUGUCCAUUCAUAUCAGAGAAUCACCCCCCCCCUCAACAGUGGGAAAUUGUUAUGGGUUUUGCUGUGCACGAAGUCAUGGCAUUCACAGACAUCAAGGAGCUUUUUACAACUGUAAAGUUCAACAUCACAGGGACAUCUGCUCUGGCGAAUUUCUUCAGGAUGAUAGAUCUGUAUCAGCCUAUUCUCUGGUGUCUGUUGUCCGACUUCGUGGUGCAGGCAAAAGAUAUCUGUGUUUUCAGGAACAGGAAUGUGGAUGUUGUACUCUUUUACACCCGCGGGCGUGAGGCUUGUACACCUUGUCUGAGAUGUUGUUGUGGGAAUGGGCCGUUCGCACGCUGUGUUCUGCUUCCUGCAUUCCCCCAUGUCUCUCUCUCUCUUCCUGAGGAGCCUUGUGUGUGUUUUGCUCCGGUGUCAGAGGCCAUUCUAAUUGAAGAUGACAAUGCCACUGAGACUACCCUCUCCCGCCCCCAAGCUCCUCCUGUCGCUUCCUCUUCCUCCCCUGCAGGGAAGGUUGUGCGCACACCGGGUUGUAAGUGUUCAGCCCCAGGUGGCUCCCGCCAUCGUUCGUCCAGUCCUGCACCUUCUCCUCCUUUCAUUUCUUCCGCCUCCGCCCUCCCUGCCCUGGCUCCUGGUCCUGCGGGUCCCGCGCUCUCCUUCAAUUUUUCUACAUGUACACGUACGCAUUCCUAUAUUGACAUUCCAGCCAAUCUUGCAAUAAAUGACAUUAAUGUUGUACACAGAGCGGUAGAGGAAUCAGAGGCAUGCACAGCAUUGUUGCAGGAGCAGCUUGCGGCCCUCGAAUCCCUUGCGAACCUCGAGUUUUGA